UGUGUCACAUUUGUGUUUGUGUGUGUGGACUGACAAGAUGAAACGGUUUCUGUUUUCGCUCGUGCUGGUUGGAGUCGUGUGCGCAAACGAAAUUGAACAUGGGCUGCCAUCAGAAGAAACGCUAAAGAACGGUCUUAGCAACCAAUGUGCCAACCGACAGACGUCCUCAUGCAUUGCCGUAGAAUUUGUGGGUUACGUGGACAGAAUGCUUCGGACAGCUGCCUUCCAACUCAGCGACGACAUGAUGAUUGUUGAUGAAAGCAAUGGUUUAGCUGCUGAAAUGCCCAUCAAGCCAGAGACCCUUGCAAGAGCCGGUACUUCCUUAGAAGACCAGGCGCAACAGGUGAUUAUGGAAAAGCUGUGGAACUUUGCCACCACCAGGUCCUUGAGGUACAGGAUCCUGGAUAACGCAGAUGUGGUCAUUGCCGGCAAACAAGAGAAGGACGGAAGCUUAGGUGUUGGUGUAUCAAUGAAAGCCCCUAAAGUAUUCGAGAGCGGCAGACAAAGGAACAAGAACAUGGGUCCAUUCCUCGCAGCAGCAGCCUUGAAGUUCGGCCUCCUUGGUGCUCUGACCUUCAAGGGUCUCUACCUGAUGGUCGGAAAGGCCCUCCUUAUCUCCAAAAUCGCUCUACUCCUCGCUACGAUCAUCGGACUGAAGAAACUCUUCUCUCCUCAGGCUAUCAUCAAAAAGGACUAACUCAUUUCGGUGAAUGUGACCUGACGGAGAAUUGGCGAACGGUGAAGGAAUAUUAACAAUGGCAGAGUUAAGAAUUAAUUACUGAAACUGAACUGAAGCUUAACGCAUGAGUGUCGCAAAUUUCGAAUU